UUCAGUUCUCUUUACUUUGAAGAUUUUUACCGGAAGCUUUCAUUUAAGUUCGACUAGCUUUACACUGGAAGCAGGAAUGGCGGCUAUGAUUACCAGAGGAAGGAGCCCAAAGACCCUGAAACUUUACUUCUAACGGCCCCGCGGAGGAAUCUGUCUCUGGCGAAACGCAGAAACGUCGCCCUGUAGCGGAAUCGGGACAGAAGAAGUGCUGUAGCUUGUGGUUAAGGCGACCUAUGCCCAGAUCGAGAGGGUGGACGCACUUUACGACUUGCUAGUUAGCCUGCUGUUAGAGCCGCUGACUUUGAUUCAAGGUAGCAGUUAGCUCACUGCACUACUAGCCAGCUGUUGGCCACUUGGCUUGGCUGCCCAAUAAGUUAACAAAGUGGUUAACUGUGUGAAACCAUUCCGCAUUUGACCUCUUGUCUUGGAACCGGCGCUGGUUGUUGGUAGACAGUAUUAGGGACGCUUGCAGGGAGCGGGACCAGGCGACAACUAGUCGAAAGAGCGUGUUGUGAACCUUAUUUCUGCUAAUCUCACCGUUAGCUAGGAAGUAACGCUAGCUAAGUUGGUAUCCUGAAGUCUCGCCCAUUUUUUCAGAUUCUGCCCCAGCCAUUGGCUAAGGGGCUAAUCAACAGCCGACUAGUCUGCUUUCCAAGUUCCACUUGGCAAUACGAUGGAAAGUCUAACGCUGAGUGAUGUCGAGCAGAAAUAUUAUUCGGAAUUGUUCGUUUACUGCGACACGGACAACACCAAAAAAGUGGCUUCCAACGGGAGAGUUCUUGACCUUUUCCGGGCGGCCCACCUACCCAGCGAAGUUGUCUUGCAGAUCACAGAGCUGUGUGGAGCCACGCGGCUGGGUCACUUUGGACGGAGCCAGUUCUACAUUGCUCUGAAACUUAUCGCCAUCGCCCAGGCCGGGCUGCCGCUGAGGGUGGAGAGCCUCAACUCGGUCAAAGACCUGCCGCCGCCCCGAUUCGUGGUGGGGAAGAACGAGGCGGAGGCGAGACACGCGGCGCUGUACCAGGACACGGACAGCCAAGGCCUGUACCCGGCCCCCGGAGCUGCAGUCAUACCCCGACCGCCAGGCAGGGGGCAUCCCAACAAGAAAGGUCCCCCUCCGACCACUGCACACCCUGUCCACGAGGUCAUCCAGCCCCUGGCACCCAGCAUAGAGCCACAGCCCGAGCCGACGUCCCCGGUCGUCUCACCUCACCAGUCUCCUCCCACCUCCCCUCACUCCUGGAGGAAACACAAGCGACAACAUAGCGGCGGAAACGCAGACAGACAACCCGCGGUGGCCGCAACGGGAGCUGUGUGGACGCAGUUCAGAGAACCACAAACGGGUCCAGUUACCGGUGAUGGCAUGUGGUCGUCACACUCGCCGCCUCCUCCAAGUCAGGAAAGUUGGGUCAGUUUCACCGCAGACACGCCUCCUUCCAGCACGCUCCCAGCAAUGCACCCCUCAUCGGUCCAGGAAAGCACAACGAUACGAACCGUGGCCUCGGCUGCAACCACCAAUGAGAUCCAGCGGCAGUCCAGCAGCUACGACGAUCCGUGGAAGAUCACAGACGAGCAGAGACAGUAUUACAUUAACCAGUUUAAAACCAUUCAACCCGACCUCACUGGCUUCAUACCUGGAUCGGCAGCAAAGGAGUUCUUCACCAAAUCAAAGCUACCCAUAUUAGAGCUGUCACACAUUUGGGAGCUGUCAGACUUUGACAAAGACGGAGCUCUGACCCUGGACGAGUUCUGCGCCGCCUUUCACCUGGUCGUGGCCAGAAAGAACGGCUACGACCUGCCGGAGAAGCUGCCCGAGAGCCUGAUGCCAAAGCUGAUUGACCUGGACGAUUCAGCAGAAGUCCCAGAGCCGAACGCUGAUGUCGGGUAUUCGGGGUCACCAGUGGAAGUCACUCCCAACAAGUCUCCCUCCAUGCCUUCACUCAACCAGGCGUGGCCCGAGAUGAACCAGAGCAACGAGCAGUGGGAGACGUUUAGCGAGCGCUCCUCCAGCUCACAAACUCUGACCCAAUUUGACUCUAACAUUGCACCAGCUGACCCUGACACGGCCAUCGUCCACCCGGUGCCCAUCCGGAUGACGCCCAGUAAGAUCCACAUGCAGGAGAUGGAGCUGAAGAGGACUGGCAGCGACCACAAUCACCCGACCAGUCCUCUGCUGGUGAAACCUCCAGAACUCUCUGAAGAAGCCAAACUGCCUGCUUCCAUGAAGUUUGUAGCUGCCAACACUGUGGGGGAUGGUUACAGUAGUUCAGAUUCCUUCACCUCGGACCAGGAGCCAAUCACCAGGCAAAGGUCUCAGUCCGGUACGUCUCCAGAGGGCCUAAAAGUGGUCGCUCCGCCUCCCCCCCCUCCCCGCCCACAUCCCUCCCACUCCCGCUCGUCGUCGCUGGAUAUGAAUCGCACCUUCGCCGCCACGUCCGCCGCCGGACAGCCGCAGCCCUCCGCCAUCGCCUUCCCUCCCGCAGUGCCUCCUCGCCCGCUUCCCACACAGACGUCGGUGCCACUCGCGGGGCACCGUGUGGAAGCCGAGGCGGUACCCGGAGGCGGGGCGGCGCUCGCCACCACGUCCCCCCAGCAGAUCCCUCAGCAGCCCAACUUUGCCGACUUCAGCCAGUUUCAGGCCUUUGCCGCGUCCGAACAGCCCUCCAGCCUGCCAGAGGUGGACAAACACAGCGAGCCAGGACAGGUGGACAAAACAUUAGAAGGCGCCGGCCCUUUAAGGACAGUGAAGAGCGACGGUCCAGCCGACGAGAGAACCCCAGCUACGGUCAACUCUACCAAGGGCUCCUCGGGUCCGCUGGCUCCACCGCCAAAACCCGUUCGCCGGAGGUUGAAGUCUGAAGACGAGCUGCGACCAGAGGACGAGCAGCCCGGUCCGCAGAAGUCCAACGUCAUAGCCGCCGUCCUGGCCACUCAGCCCUCCAUCCCCAGGUCAGUCGGAAAGGACAAAAAGUCCAUUCAAGCCUCAAUCAGAAGAAACAAGGAGACGAACACAGUGUUGGCACGACUAAACAGUGAACUACAGCAGCAGCUGAAGGACCUGCUGGAAGAAAGGAUAUCUCUGGAGGUCCAGCUGGAGCAGCUCAGACCGUUCUCCCACCUCUAACCGAAGCACGGAGCUCAACUCGGCGGUAGUUCAUCAGAAGCAAGGCUGCGGCCCCCUCCCUUCCUCCACUCCUCAUCCUCCUUUCUGUUAUUCCGGCUUUCCCCCCGGCGGCACGGUCGCAGUCGACCAACCAGAAACCGGACAGACCUGAGAGUACGGCCCCACCAGCGGGCCGAGGAGACGGGAGGACGUUUUACAAACCGGCACUUUUCAAUAUGUUUGUGUUCUAAAGAGAGGUGGAGGUGAGGAUGACGAGGAGCCGGGAGACGGCGCUCCACCCGCGUGAGGACAAACCGCUGGCGUCUCAUGACUCUACUCUCUGAGUGGCUGGAGAGGAAAUGCAGAGUGGGUUUGUGGUGUGACCGUUUGCCUGACUCGUGAUCCUCGGGCGAGCAGUUCCAGUAUGUUUUACCCCGCCACCCUGUUAGAGAACUGAAGCUUUCGUCUCGGUCCGAAAGCGAUGAGACAUCCGUAUCUCCACAGAGAUGGCGUCUCUGCUUGGUUUAUAUUAGCACCUUCCAGGUUUUGGGCAUAUUCUAGCAGAGAGCUGGUCUGGUUCGAACCAGAACAGGUUUGACGGGCAGCAACAGUUUGUUGUGAAACAUACUGGUCUGCUCCCCGACAGGACGUGUGUGUGUGUGUGCGGGUCUUCUAGGUGUAACGAAAGUGUGUGUGUGUGUGUGUGUGAG